AUGGCAACGAGAAGGCUGCAAUUUGAUGAAGUAGGAAAGAAUAGAUGUGUUGCAGAGAUGAACGAAGAGGGUGUCGCUGUUGAAGAGGUGACAAGAUGCAAUAUAGGGAUGCAACAGGUUGACACUCCAUGCUGCAACUUUGUCGAUAGUUUACUGGUUGGUGAAAAUCAAGGAAUCCAGGGGAAUGGUUCAAAUGAAAGAAGCACCGAAGGAAACCGCACACCGCAAGCAUGCUGCCAAACCGAGGGUCAAGAAGGACGUAGCAUAACUUUGUUCUCACCAUCUGCAACUGUUGACCCAUCAGUGAUUGUGACACCAGACGAAGAGCAUAAAUACAGCCAUAAAGAAAAUUUGGACCAAGCUUUGAUUCCUAGAGUGGGUAUGUGCUUCAAAACAGAGGAUGAAGCACAUAAAUUCUACUGUACAUAUGCUGAGAGGGCAGGUUUCCAGCCAAAGAAGGCUAACAAAACAGAUUAUACUAGGUACUUAAGGUGCAAUAAUUAUGGAAUAGGUAAAUACUACAAGGGGAACGAGGCAAAACGCGUCAGGGGCAAGACAACAAAGAAGACAUCAUGCCUGGCAUUCAUCAAGCUAAAGUUUAGAUGUGACAAAGAAAAUAGUGAAGAAUUUGCAGAGAUUACAGAUGUCAGACUGAACCAUAACCACGUGUUGCUCCUAAAACCUACAGAAACAAAACAGAUGAGGGCGCACAAGUACAAGAAUCCUUUGCUUCUAGAAUAUGUUGAUGACUUACAAUCAAAUGAUAUAGAAAAGUAG